GCUGCACCGAGGCGGAGGAGUGGACCUUCCAGCGAUCCUGACACACGGAAAAACCCUGUUGAAGCUCCAGCAGCAGCAGCAGCAGCAGCAGCAGCAGCCGACACACUGUCCUCUCCUUCCCUCCCCAUGCCCUCGCUCCCCCCCAGCCCUCUGGCCAUGGAGUACCUGAAUGACUUUGACCUCCUCAAGUUUGAGGUGAAAUCUGACACUCCUCCACUCCCUCCUCCGUGUGCGUAUCCCAAAUCUGGCCUCCCCCACGACCCCUCCAGCUCUCCGUACACCAGCCACCCUCCGCAGGACUCCAGCCUGAGCUCCAGCCCUUACAACUCGCUGCCACCCUCGCCGACACUCAGCGACGCCCACCCGCCUCCUUCGGGCUCUUCCUCCCUCUCUUCGUCAUCCUCCUCCAUCUCCUUCCCCCUCUCCAUCUCCAACAGCUUUACCUCUGGCAUCAGCUCCGGCUCCCAGGGGAACGUGGAGGGCAGCCCGGCCCACGGGGGACCUCAGGGUCCCACCCCGGCUUCGCUGGAGGACCUGAUCUGGCUGGCAGCCCUGCAGCAACAGUUUGGAGGGGAGGUGACGGGGCCUGCCACUCUGCUGGGGGCCUUGGGAGGAGUACCAGAGAGAGGGGACAGAGAGAGGGGGCCGGUGAACGGCUUUCUGGGCUGUGAGGACGCUGUGGAGGCGUUGCUGAACUCAGCUGCUGCAGCUGUCAGCUCACAGUUCCCAGGUCUUUCUCAGAGCUCGAGCAGCAACCUGGGAGACUCCAGCAGCGACAGCGGUGCAGACAUCUCCUGCACCAAGGGGGCGGACAUGUGCCAUCGCCCUCUCGUCUUCCUCUCGUCGGGCCCCGGCUCGCUCCCCAACGCCGCCCCGGCCUCGGCCCCCUACCCGCAGCCUCUCAGCCCCCAGGGCCGCCUUCAUCACCACCAGCACCACCAUCAUCAGCACCACCCGCACCACCCCAUGCACGGCAACCAUCACCACCAUCACCACCCUCAAGUUAAUCAGUGCGGGGUGAACGAGCGCUUCUCUGACGAGCAGCUGGUGAGCCUGUCGGUGCGCGAGCUCAACCGACACCUGCGCGGCGUGAGUAAGGACGAGGUGGUGCGCCUGAAGCAGAAACGCCGCACGCUAAAGAACCGCGGCUACGCGCAGUCCUGCCGCUACAAGCGCUUACAGCACCGCCACGCUCUGGAGUCAGAGAAACAUGUGCUCACACAACAGUUGGAACAGCUACAGUGUGAGCUGACUCGAGUGCUGAGGGAGAGAGACGCCUACAAGGCUCGCUACGAGAAGCUCCUCAGCACGAACCACGGCACCGGCGCCGACGCCCCACCGACCCGCACCAGCAACCCACCUUCCCCGCCCCCUGACUACUUCCUCUGAGUUUUACCCAUUAAGAGAGGGGGAGGGGGGAUAAAACAAAAAACAAGCCCAGCCAACAUGGAGCAAUCAGUGAUGAAUAAUCAGACUUGGGGAAGCAAAGAAGGACGUGUAUGUGUGUGUGUGUGUGUGUG